AUGGCAUCCUCCAUCCAAGAUCUCCAGACCAGCAUCGCCAUCCAGGAGCACCAGAUCGACAUGUGCGAGAAGAUGAUCAAUGAGGCGCAGACGGAUGAGGAGAGAGAGAGAUGGGAAGAAAGGAAACGCGAGCACGAAGAGCAGAUCCGGGACAAAGAAGAGCGGCUGGAGCGGGAGAUCGCUGAGAAUGACGAGAGGUUGGACGAGCUGGCCAGGGGCCGUGGAACAACGCCGUGA